AUAGAAUUUUCCUCGUACAUUUUCAUCGUAAUAUUUUACGCAAACAAAAUGCGUGGUAUGACUAUAAGUAUUAAAUGAUGAAAUAAGAUAAUAAAUAAUACUGAAAAUACUUCAUGCUAUAAGAAACAUGUAGUUAAUUUAGUCAAAAAACAUUAAAAUCGUAAAGCAAACAAGAUAGAAGUCCUCAACUGUGAAGUAUAGCUGCAUCAAGUGUUUUAUUAGAAAGUUUCACAUUACACAUUAUCCCUUUCACAUCAUAACUGUUGCGUGUUAGCGUUAGCUAACAACACAAGAAAGAAUAAAAAUACUAAAACAACGCUCUUAUCGAAGUUAGCGUCGUAAUAUUUACACGAAAAUUAACAUAAGAUUAAAUGUAACUUGUGUCAAUAGUAUUACAUGAGCAAUGAGUAUUACUAACAGCGAAAAAAAGGAUAAAAUCGAGCUAUCCAGCAAUAAACCCGAGAAGAUAUUCUGCGGUAUGGUCUCCAACAUGAUCAAACACGUGUUCCUCAUAUUCCGGACAUACCUGGAUAUGUUCAUAGACCUGGUCUAUGGAUACUUCUGGGAGGGAAAGAGGAAACCCAUACCGGCUUUGGAGAAGAGACAUGCAAUGCUUGCGGAGAGUGCUGUGACCCUGGCUGCGAAGAUCAGGAAUAAAGAGCUGAAGUCUGAGGAUCUGGUGAGGGCGUGCAUCGAGAGGAUCCAACAGGUAAACCCUAUAAUAAACGCGGUGACGGACGAGCGGUACGAGGAUGCCCUGAACGAAGCCCGCGAGGUGGACAAGCUGAUUGAGAGCGGACUGCCUGAUGAUUACUUCCAGAAGAAACCGUUCUUAGGCGUCCCAUUCACGGCGAAGGAGAGCCACGCGGCGCGCGGCAUGUUGCACACGCUGGGCGUGGUGUCGCGGCGACACGUGCGCGCGCACCACGACGCCGAGUGCGUGCGACGAGUCAAGGGGGCCGGCGCCAUACUGGUAGCUGUUACUAAUGUACCUGAGAUUAAUAAGUGGAUGGAGAGCCGUAACUUCGUGUUCGGGCAGACCAACAACCCGCACCACACGGGGCGCACGCCCGGCGGCUCCAGCGGGGGCGAGGCCGCGCUGCAUGCCUCCAUCGCCGCGCCCAUCUCUCUCUGCUCGGAUAUCGGUGGGUCUACUCGUAUGCCUGCGUUCUUCUGCGGCCUGUAUGCCCUCAACCCUACCUCUGGAUACACCAGCCUUAAAGGUUCAGCUCUCCGUACGGGUAAGGAGAAGUCGAUGGCUUCCAUCGGCUUCAUCAGCAGACACUGUUCCGACCUCAUACCGCUCACCAAGACCAUAGUCAUCGCUGAUAAGGCCCAGGAAUUGAACCUGGAUCGACCUGUUGAUGUUAAAAAAUUGAGGUACUUCUACGUGGAGACCGCACAGGAUCUGCGCGUGAGUCCCAUUUCUGCCGAUCUACGCGCCGCUAUGAACAGGGCCAUAACGAAGCUGACAGAGGCCGUGUCCUCGACCGACCAGGCUCCUGCGCCGUACUACCACCGCGGGUUCAACCACAUGUUCGUGCUGUGGCGGUACUGGAUGACGCACGAGGAGGACGUCUUCGCAGAACUGCUCACCAACAACACCGGCACUGCUUACUUCUACAAGGAGUUCCCUAAGAAGUUGCUGGGCAUGUCGGACUACACUCUGCCCGCCAUACUGAAGUUGGCAGACGACCAGGUGCUGCCCCCUGUCAACAAACAGUGGGCCGAACAACUCACCAAGGAGUUGACGGAUGAUCUUAUUAAGUUGCUGGGCGACGACGGAGUCCUCCUGUUCCCCAGCAGUCCGCAGGUGGCCCCCUACCACUACUCCCCCAUCGUGCGGCCCUUCAACUUCGCUUACUGGGCCAUCUUCAACGCACUGCGAUUCCCUGCUGCACAGGUUCCUCUCGGCCUGAACAGUGACAAGCUGCCAGUGGGUAUACAAGUGGUGGCGGCGCCCCGCCAGGAGGCGCUGUGCGCGGCCGUGGCGCAGCACCUUGGCGAAGCCCUGGGGGGCGUAGUCCCACCCUGCCAGAUACUGCAGUAGACUUAGCAUUUAAGCUUAAUUUUAUGCUGAUGAUAACAACGGUAUAUAAACUAGGUGCUUUUAUUAUGAACAAAUUUUAUUUGAUAGUCCAUCCGUGCUUUUAGUAUAAUACUCGGAAUAACUUACAUUUCAAUAUUUGAAAAGGCGUAGUUUUUACAUGCGAUAGUAUGUUAAAACUGCUGCCACUAUAUAGCAUAUGAUACGUAUACUAAGCUCAUUUUCCGUCAGACAUAAAUAUACUCUAUACUCUAAUAUAAGUGAUAACUAAAACUUUAGAUGAAACUAAGAAGUAAGUUUAUGAUCAAAUUAAUUUUACUUUGUUAAUUUAAUAUUUAUGAUUUAACUAUAUACAUAGUAAAAUAAAUUUUUAUGGAAAGACCUUGAAAGUCUCAACUGUAAGUCGAUUCUAUCAUUAUGUACCUAUUUAUGAUGAAAGUUAUGCAUUUAUUUACCUGCUAAUGUUUCGUAUGGGUUCCCAAAGAAUGUACUAGAUUGUAGUCCAAGCUUAUUAGCUUUGAAUUUAUUCCGUUACAAGGAUGAUUCAAGACAUCUCACUGAAUUGACUUUUGUCCAUCGAAUUUAUGAAAAUCUUAGCACUGUGAAGUCGAUGUUAAUGUUUAAGUACCUAAAUUGUGAUCGAUGUCUUCCAUUGUUAAAAUAACUAUAACUAUAGCUAGUAAGCUUACUCGUCACUCACUUAAGUUACGAAAUGGUUGUGGAUGUACUAAGGUGUCGGUUCGAUUCUCAACAUGAGAGAAAAUGUAUAUUUGUUAAAGAAAAAUGUUGUUUAUAAAUUAUAUUUAUUGAUGUUAUAAAUUAUUGCGUCGUUGGUCAAUAGUGUCAGCGACUGUUGAACUCGAGUUCGGGUUCGAUUACCUGCUCGAGCAAUAUUGAGUUCGAAAUUUUCUGUCCAUGUUAUUUGCUCAAUUUAUAGGUUUGGUAUAGUGUUGACUCUUAUUAUACGAGAUACGUAAUAACUAUUGAAAAUAUUAUAAUUGAAUAUUGUGCAUCUCUGCCUAUACCUUCGUUGGGAGAAAAGCGUAAUGUUAUGAUAAUGGAAUUAUUUAUUUCUUGGUAAUAUAUUUGUUUCAAUUUCUGUGAUGUAUUCGGUGUAUUAAGUACAUAGAUGUUCGUGAAUAAAAAAUAAUUAUGUAUUUGCUGAAUGUAAUCAAAAUGAUGAAAUAUACAUACAAUUUUUAUUAAAAA